GCAUGAUGGGGCUCCGCUCCUCCCGCCUGCAUAUAUAGGGUCAGGCUGCUGGACGGGCGCUGCGGCUGCCGGGCGCGAUGGAGCAGCUGGGGAAGCGGUCGGGGCCGGCGGCUCGGCUGGACGCCAUCCUGCGGCACCUGUCCCCGCGGGCGGCCCCUGCUCUCACAUUCAUUCCUACUUCAGCACAAGUUAGUGCUGUUCAUCAGCCAGGGAAGUUUCGCUUUACUCUGGACAAUGGUAUCCUCACUACAGAGCAAAGGCAGUUCUAUGAAGACAAUGGUUAUCUGCUCAUUAGGAAGCUUGUUUCUGAUGAAGACAUUGAGCGUUUCAGGAAGGAGUUCAUAAGGAUCUGUAAGAAAGAGGUGAGAGUUCCUGGAGCUAUGAUUAUGAAAAAUGAGGCCCUGAGAUCCCAGUAUGGCCAGACUGAAAGCGUCGUUAAUAAAGUGCAGGACUUCCAGGAGAAUGAGGAGUUGUUCAGAUACUGUACUCUGCCACAGAUCCUCAAGUACGUUGAGUGCUUCACUGGGCCCAACAUAAUGGCAAUGCACACCAUGCUGAUAAAUAAACUUCCAGAUUCUGACAAACAGACUUUUCUCCACCCCAUGCAUCAGGACUUGCACUAUUUCCCGUUCCGGCCAGCAGACCGCAUCGUGUGCUCGUGGACUGCCAUGCAGAGAGCUGAUGAGAACAAUGGGUGCCUAGUUGUCGUGCCUGGGACACACACAUUGCCUCUGAAGCCUCACGGCUAUCCAGAGUGGGAGGGUAAAACAAACAAACUGUUUCAUGGGAUACUUGAUUACGAUGAGAAGAGUCCCAAGGUUCACCUUGUUAUGGAGAAGGGAGACACAGUGUUCUUCCAUCCCCUGCUCAUUCAUGGCUCCGGGAUAAAUAAGACAUCAGGUUUCCGAAAGAGCAUAAGCUGCCACUUUGCCAGCUCAGAUGGCCACUAUAUUGAUGUCAAGAACACAACCCAGGCAGACCUGGAGAAGGAGCUGCAAGAAAUGGUACACAGGAGAUAUGACAUGCCUGCUCUGGCACUCAAGGAUAUUUGGACCUUCAGAGCACGAGUUGUGCAAGGGGAAAGAAUUAACCUGUAGAACAACCUGCGAAGACCAGGAUGGAAAAAUGUGCCUAUAUGAGCUGCUGUGAUGGGAAAGCACAGACCCCACAUCAGCAGUUGGAAUUACAUGCACUUUGUUGACCUCUGCAUUGGUAACUUAGCCAAAUGCUGUACUGCUAAGUGGUUUUAUGCUAAUACAAAAUAAUUGCACUAAGGUUGAACGGCUGAUGUACGUCAAGGAAAAUCUAACCUAGAAAACAGAUUUGCUGUGGUUCUUUCAGACAAUCAAAGAAUAAUGGUCUUUAAAGAUCACCUUAAUCAUUUUGAUGUCUUCACUCUCAUUUUUAAGGUUUCUCCUGUGACAUACCUUUGAGCUGAUGCUAUAUUAAUAUAAGAUUUUUAUGCAAGGAUUUAUGUAAGAGUUUGUAAUUUUUAAACUGCCCAACAUCCUGUUCUAUGCAAAGGAAGUGCAAGGAGUCAGUUUUAUGUGAGCCUUCUGUACAGGAUGAGCUCACAUGGGAGGUCAUACUGAUACCAGCAGAAAGAACUUGCAAGGAACUGGGUAAAGGGAAAGCAGCAGCUUGGAUCGAAAAAUGAGACUGGUGGAGCCGAGUAUUACUGCUUGCACCAUUCCUCAAACAUAGCCUAGUGUGCUAUGAUAGCUAACCAAGCAGCACUGGCACAAGGUAAAUGUGUGUCUGGUAGAGCUGGAAACUUCUGGGCCUGCAGAGCAUCCUCUGUUGGCCUUGCACAACUGCUAUAGGGCUGUGUAAAACAAGGGGGUCCUGCUCUGAGGCUGGCAGUUCAGUAAGCGUGCCUUUUGGCAUUGGCUGGCCGGGAGGUGGUUAGGCUUUCCUCACAGUGUAGCGGGUGGCAGGGUGGAUUGAUGUGCACUGAAAUGAUCUCUCGCCUUUCACAGUAUUUUUUUCUUGACUUCUGAAGGAUUCUUCUGCUUUCAGAAUCUGUUUUUGGAAACAAUGAUUAAAUGCGAGCAAAAUGAAACUGA